AUUCAUAGCCACGCUCCCAACUAGCAGAGGUAUUGGACUUCCAUGACCUCAAGCGGUUCAUCAUUCGAUCAAUGAUUUUUCCGCUUUGUCUCUCAGGCGCUUCUAGCUGCAUUUCGGCUUCUGUAACAUUCGGCCUGUCCGUGUUCGUUCAUGGUGUCGUGUUGUUCUUCCACCCCCCCCAAUUACUAUUUACGGGGUAUACCCACCAGGAUUGUGUUUGUACUUUGUAGGUAUGGAGUACGUACAGUACAAUGGCCUUGUCAACCUGGCUCGCAUCUCAACCUUCGUCGCCCUCCGACCGCGAUGAUCCGUCAUCUCGUUCCCAAUUCCGUUCCCCACGGGAACUGUAGCGCCAUAUCAGGAGUCUCAGCCUCUAUUGUGUUUUGUUGUCACCCCCAAGUCAUGGGGAGUUUCCUCUCUAUACAAAGUGGAAACAAACAGCGCCGAUCAAACCGGUUGUCAAAGCCACCAUCGACUUUCACCUCCCGUUCAGCAAGCUUCCGUUCACCCCGUCAAACUUCUAGCGCCGGUUCUCCUGUGGCACCCAAUCGUGCUCCCUGGCAAGACUCAUCGACUGUUACUUCCGUUUCUAUCGGUUCGCCUGACCUGGAAGCUAAUGACCGAAGGUCGCAGUCAAUCCCCUCGGUUUCAUUGCAGUCUGAGGCGCCAUGGACAGGUGUCAAUGGAUCUGGAAAGCGCCAGCCCUUAUCCGGAGAGCCAAAUCAUGUUCGCCUCCGCCUAGACACUUCCCACUCAGGUAUAACGGGACCUUUGUGCAGGCGAGCUUCUGUUCAGCCAUCGAGGCAGUCAGUUACCCUACACAGUGAGCCUCGAUCUCCGUCGGUUCAGCCAGGGUCGCCAAGGAGGUCCUAUUCAGUCAAUUCACCUGCACAGGAUACAAGAAGCGCCAUGCACCAAAGUAGCCUUGAAGAAGCAGCGUCUUCGAACACCCAUUUCAUGAUAGAUAGCCCGGGCUUCUCCUUGAUCCGUCGGCGCUCUUUACUUACGCGCCCUGGGAUCGCCACGAGACGAUCAGUAAGAGGUGCGGCUCGUCGAUGCCCGUCACCAAUUGGACAAGAGCUAGGGUUCCCGCUCAGCUGUACAGACGAGCCGCCUCAGCUAUUCCAGUGGCCACUAAUAGAUUGCGAGGAUACUGUGUUGCAACACACUAAUUCGCUUGCUGAGGUUCGCCCGCCAACGCCUGGUGACUUCGGGUACACCCAUUUGGGAGCCCUCAAGCUGGGGUCUUUACGGGUAGUGAACGGCUCAGCUUCCCCUUGCCCCAGCGACCGAAGUCGACUCAGGCCAAACAGUCCGACUCAGGACGCCAGUGCCAUACAUACAACAGAGCUACGUUGGAGCAGAGAUCAUUUGACUCAAGAUGAUCCAUCUGUGAUUGCUACAUCAAGUUCUCCGGACAUGGAUGACUAUCAAAUCGGACCUGAAGAAAUUCGGGGCCCUGUGGCCGUCCCAGUCUCCGAGUACAUCGGAGCCGAUGGCCCCAACGGGGUAUCAGCGAAUAACAGGAAUGUGGCGAGUUUCCUUAUGAAUAAGCCGUCUACGUCUAUCGUACAGAUCCCAUCAUCUCCCGACAUUAUAAGAUACGAAGAUUUACCGACAAGUCCAUUCUCUUUUGAGAAAUCGCCGGUUAUCGCAACAUCCAAUGGAUUCUAUGCUAAGGAAGUGGAAGACGAAGCUAUAUAUGUAUCUGAUGAGGAAACCCCCAUAGACUUCAUGAGGGAGACUUGUCAAGAAGUUCCCCACCCGAGAAGGGUUUCGCAUUCGCACAGAAAAGUAGAUAGCGGGUACAGCUCCGCUGCAUCAGUUCGCUCUCUACAAGACAAUCGCACUAGGGCUUCUCUUGAUUCUCAAGAAUUAACGCAACGGCCUUCAGGAUAUCGCAGGUUUACACUCGGAGGCGCUGAGUUGUGCAAUGUAGAAACUCACUCGGGGCUGAGCCAGCAGCUUCCUAUCUACCGCCACCUAAGUCUUCAAAGACCUAGAAUGAGCCCUAUAGGGGUCUCCCAUGGUUGGUCAACAAACAUGGCAACAAUGUGCCAUGAGACACCACAGAUAUCAACCAGCGGACGCCCAAGAAGCUUGUCCAUUGCUUCGCCACAACGCUCUGGUCACACGGUAUCCCUUUCUCGGUACUGCACUCAGCUACGCCACCUGGAAUCUUCCUCUAGUGGAGCCUCACUUCCUUCAAACGCAUACCAGAUACAGCCACAAUUCCAACAGCCGACGAUACCAUAUCCGACGAACAGCUCUAUGAAAGUUUCGCAACCCGUAAUGCGAGACUCAGCUAUGGCCGUGACACAGGGUUAGAGAAUUUGAACCAAAGGACAACUGACGCUAGUCGUAACAGCGACCAGUCUUACAUGUUCACCCCACGUCGGUCAAAUCCGGGGGAGUGGUAUCGUCAAGAAAACUCCGCAUGUGGCGCAUGUUAGCAAACCAGCAAAACCAACCUGAUCUGUACG